UCUUUUAGGAGGUCUCAGCGAUUCGUUUUGCUUGUGAGAGUAGAGAUUGAGAGGCUGAUCCAUCGGGAGGGGAAGGAUGACGAGCACGGGAGCCGGCUCCCUCGCUACAGCCAUUCCCCAUCUCCUCCGCCGCCGCCGCCCUUCCAUCUCUUCGCCUGCGCUCUCUCUCAACCCGCUGCUCUUUGGCAGCCGCGUCACCGCCGCUCCUCCCCUCUCCUCCCAGCGGCGGAGAGGGCAUUGGCUCCCGCUCUCCGCUUCGAGGCAGCGGCGGGGGCGGCAGAGUGGAGCAGAGGACGAAGAUGACGCGUCGGUGGAGGGGGCUGAGGAAGAGGAGGAGGUGGAGGACGGGGAUGAAGCGGCGAUGCCGUUUCAAGAGAUGAGGCAGUGGCUCCGUAACAAGCCGGCCGGGUUCGGAGAGGGGAGGGCGUACGACACCAGGUUGGAGGAUGAGCUGUGGGAGGAGAUGGAGCGGAGCAGGAAAGUCCUGCUCGCCAGCGCCAAUAAACUCAAGAACGAGCCCGCGAAGAGCGAUGGCACAGCCAAGGCGAAGCAAGAACCGUUACUGAAGGCAGCAGAUGAAGUUCCAUGUGGUUUUCGUGUGCGUGUCCGGAACCUUCCCAGGAAGAAGAACAUACAUAGAGAUUUGCAGCGGGCUUUCCAAGGGUUUCCUGAUCUUGUUAGUAUAAGUCCUGCAGUUAUUGGGAACCAAAAAACUCGUGAGCCGAUCUGCAAGGGUUUUGCAUUCGUGGACUUUGCAUCUGAGGAGGCUGCUAGUAGGUUUGUACAAGUAUAUUCCAGGAGAAGUGUGUGUUUUGGUAAAGUGGAGAAACAGAUUGCCUGUGAUGUCAUAAGCCCGCAUGGUACUUCCAACUCCUCGGAGCAAUGCGAUGAUGAUGCUCUGGGGUUUACUCAACCAAAUUCCAGAGAGGCAGGAGAUAUGAUAACAUCCGACGUCCAAGAGAGGGCAUUUGAUGAUGUAGCUGUUGGUACAAAAGUAAUAGACGAGUCUGAAGCAGCAACGUCACCCAAGAGAAAAAAGGAGAGUCUGUUGACACAUUUCGAAGAGAGAGAACAUCUUAACAUCCCGGUUACAGAUAAUGUGGAUAAUGAAAGCAAGACAAUGAUAAAAACUUCAGGCCUGAAUAAUUCUGUGCCUCCAAUGCAGAAACAGCAGAAAAAGACAUCUUCAAAAAAGAAGGCAGUCAAGACAUACUUAGUGAAGGCUUCAAAACCGAGCUUACCUGGUUCAGUGGCCAGGUUAAAAAUCAAGGAGAAGACGAUACUAACCGGUGUGUUCUCCAAGUAUGGCAGAAAGGUUGCUUCAGGGAGUUAAUUCAGCAGCAUUACUGUAAAUCAUUUUGGUCUCUGUUCUAUUAUUGAUGACCAUGAUAGAUAUCAGUGCCUGCGACCACAUGAAUUAUAUAACAUGGUUCGUCUUGGUUGCAUGAGUUCUUCAUGUUCUCAUCGUGUUGUAGAUCCAUCAUUUUGGCAAGUUUGUCAAAUUGUCACUCAUAAAUGCUGUCAAGAAUCCCGCAGACUGUUGUGCCUUGGACUGCGCUGGUGAAAGGCGAAUUGACUGUAGGCACGCCUGGUUUCGAAAGUUAGAAGGCAGCAUAAGCUUUUGUGUGUCGAUAUGCUUCCUUCAACCUACUUAGGAAGAGUUCUGCAUCAUCGGGAUGACAGCCUUCACCAAAAAUGCUAGGUGAUCGAUCAUUGUAUUUUCGGUUGUAUCGGGUUUAAAUUUCAUAUUCUUGCGAAUAAUGCAUCUCAAAGAACAGUUCAGUUUAAUCAGCUGUGGAUCAUUGAUCUUUUGAUCC